AUGGGAGCUAAAAUUUCACCACCUCCUGGCUAUGGGCCAUACUGUUUCCGAAUCCACGGUUCAAUUUGUCACAGAGCAGGAACACUACAUCCUCAACAGGGCGAAAACAGACAGUUUGCACAACUAUACAUUUUAGAUCCCUCCGAAGCUGCAGAGCAAAGAAUGCAAAUUUCUGCCAACUCAGGAAUAAAUUCAGAGCUUAUGCAAACAUUAAGUACAUUUAUGGCGCAAUUCAAUCCUUUUGCAGAGGCCUGCAAAAUGUUGUACCACGUUGAAAAAGAAUAUGAGGAGGAUGCCACCAAAACCGGCAAUGUUAUUAAGGAAUUGUCCAUGACAAUAGUAGAAGAUCGCAAAAAUGACCAAAGGCGCUAUAACGCACCUAAAUAUAAUGAGCCCACAAGCUUUAUUAACUUUAGCAAUCCUAGAGUAAGAGUCACUCAAAUGCAAUACUACGGUUACCGUCUUUCCAUCAGAGAGGAUUUUAACCCUGUCUUAAAUGCUGGCCGCCUUACACAGCAAUAUAUAGUUGAUGCAUAUGUAAAAACAGAAGCCAACAGACUCAAUUAUAUAUGUCAAAAUCAGCCUAAAUUGCACGUUGAAAAAUACUCAGGAUUAAUGGAUCAUUUACUUAAUGAAGCCAAUGAAGCAGGCCUGAGUCUUGGAAAAAUGUAUAUUUUGCCUUCUUCAUUUGCAGGUAGCCCCAGAAACAUGCUACAAAAUUAUCAAGAUGCUAUGGCAAUUGUCAGAAAAUAUGGAAAACCUGAUCAUUUUAUUACAAUGACAUGCAAUCCCAAAUGGGAAGAGAUUGUAAAUAACCUUCAACGUGGUCAACCUGUUGAUGGACAACCACAUUUAGUUGCAAGAGUAUUUCACCUAAAACUGAAAGCUCUGAUCGAUGAUAUCUGUAAAAAACAUAUUUUUGGAGUCCUAAAAGCAAUAGUCUACGUGAUAGAAUUUCAAAAGAGAGGUUUACCACAUGCUCACAUACUUCUCAUUCUUAAAGAAAGCUGUAAACCAAAAAAUGAAGAACUGAUAGAUAAAAUUGUUUCUGCUGAAAUCCCUAAUAUAGAAAUCACUCCUCCCUUACAUGCAAUUGUAACAAAACAUAUGAUUCAUGAACCAUUUGGAGCACUCAAUCCUAAUUCUUCAUGUAUGACAAAUGACAAAUGCUCUAAGGAUUUUCCGAAGGAAUUCCAAAUAAAAACUAUUGCUAACAGUAAUGGCUAUCCAAAGUACAAGAGAAGAAAUACAGGCCAAAGUAUAAUUCUUAAUGGAAAGAAAAUUGAUAACAGUUGGGUUGUACCAUAUAAUCCUUACCUAGCCUUGAAGUACAAUUGCCACAUUAAUGUUGAAGUUUGCGCACCAGUGAAAAGCGUUAAAUACCUUUUUAAAUAUGUGUACAAAGGUCAUGAUUGUGCUAAUGUUGUCAUUCAAGAACAAGGUACUUUGAAUCACGAUGAAAUUAAGACCUUUAUUAAUACAAGGUAUGUCAGCUCUCCAGAAGCAGCAUGGCGUUUGAAUGGGUUUGAAAUGCAUUAUCAAUCACAUACCAUCCAUAGAUUACCGGUGCAUCUGCCUGAAGAACAAUCAUUGUUUUUCAACCCAAAUGACAUUACCACAGCGGUACAGAGAGCUUCAAACCGUGAUAAUCAAUUGACAACUUGGUUCAAAUUAAAUCAACAAAAACAUGAAGCAAAGACCAUAUUAUAUUCUGACAUUCCUUUGCACUAUGUGUUUGACUCUGAAAAUUGUACUUGGAAAUUACGUCAACGUGGUGCAGAAAAAGUUAUUGGACGAAUGUAUUCUGUCAAUUUUACAUCAGAUACAGAGCGCAACUAUGGUCCAGGAGGAAGUGGUAAAACCUAUCUUUACAAAACCCUUCUCAGCACAGUUCGUGGACAAGGUAACAUUGCACUCCCUGUAGCCUCCACAGGUAUAGCCGCCAAUCGUCUUGAGGGUGGAAGAACAUACCACUCUCAGUUCAAAUUAUCUGUUCCGAUACUUGACAACUCAAUAUCAAAUAUGCGCCUCAAUUCUGCUGAUGCUGAAAAUUUGAGAUCAUCUACAAUACUUAUUUGGGAUGAGUGUACUAUGGCCCCCUCUACAGCUCUUGCAGUGGUCGACAAACUGCUGAAACAAAUAAUGGAUAACCACAAACUCUUUGGAGGAAAAGUUUUCUUACUUGGUGGAGAUUUUCGGCAAACACUUCCCGUGGUUCCUCAUGAUGACCGGACAAAAAUUGUCGAAGUAUGUAUAAAGUAUAAUAAACUGUGGCAAAACUUCCAAGUACUAAACCUUACAAACAAUAUCCGUUCAGUCGACACUGAAUUCAGCAACUGGUUGAUCCAACUUGGCAAUGGUGAUACACCACACAUUGAUGGCUUGCCUGAAGACAUAAUUGAAAUGCCUUCAAAAAUUUUAUGCACAGGAGAUAUCAUCAAAGACUUAUUUGGAAAAAGAAUUUCUGUUGCCGAAGUCUCAAAGAUAGCAAAAAAAUCUAUUCUUUGCCCAAAGAACUCUGAUGUUGAUACCAUAAAUGAAGAGGUGCUAAACAUUUUGGAAGGAGAUACUGUGACAUUCCUCAGCUGA